UUUUCUUCUCAAAUAUCCAAUUUUUUUUUUAAGUAUAAAAUCUCUUUUGUCUGAAACGACUUCGUCUCCUUCCACCAAAGUCCUUCGCUUUCUUCUUCUUCUUCAUCGUCUUCAUCUCAGCCUGCAACUUCUUCAUACCCUCUUACUUCUUCUUCGGUUCUGCACUUGUGGGAUUCAUGAGUUGAGUCACAGGGGAAAAAAAGCAUGUUCGACUGUGUCAAAACAUCAGUGAAAUCACAAGUUAUCAGUGGCCAACGCGAGAAGUUCGUAAGGUUGGAUAGUAUGGAUUCUAGAUACUCUCAGGGUGCUGAAGCAGGUCUCAACAGAUGCACACUCAAUCUCCAAGGACCACCACGUGUUGGUGGUAGUGUUCAGGGUAACAACAAUGCAUCUUCUGGUUCGUUUAAGAAAGGUUUUAGAAGAGGCUCCAAAGGUCUCUGGUCUCUAGGAAGAUCAAUCGGUCUCGGCGUCUCGCGAGCAGUCUUCCCCGAAGAUCUCAAAGUAUCAGAGAGGAAGAUAUUCGAUCCGCAGGACAAGUUCCUUUUGCUGUGCAACAAGCUCUUCGUCACUUCCUGCAUCCUCGCCGUCUCGGUGGACCCUCUCUUCCUGUACCUUCCGUUUAUUAACGACAGCGACAAGUGUAUCGGCAUCGACCGGGGGUUGGCUAUCAUAGCGACGACGCUGAGGACGUUCAUCGAUGCGUUUUAUCUUUUCCGCAUGGCUCUCCAGUUUAGGACAGCUUUCGUCGCCCCUUCUUCGAGGGUUUUUGGGAGAGGAGAGCUUGUGAUCGACCCUGCGCAGAUAGCUAAACGGUAUCUGCAGCAGUUCUUCAUCGUUGACUUCCUCUCUGUUCUUCCACUUCCACAGAUUGCAGUUUGGAGGUUUCUGUACACAUCUACAGGAGGGAGUGUGUUGGCGACAAAGCAAGCGUUACGUUCCAUCAUCCUAGUACAGUACAUUCCGCGGUUUAUUCGGAUCUAUCCCUUAAGCCAAGAGCUAAAGAGAACAGCUGGGGUGUUUGCUGAGACAGCUUGGGCUGGUGCUGCUUAUUACUUGCUACUCUACAUGCUUGCUAGUCACAUGGUUGGGGCGUUAUGGUACUUACUGGCUUUAGAACGCGUCAACGGUUGCUGGAAGAAGGCUUGCUUUGAUCAAAGACCGAACUGCACCAGAAACUUUUUGUUUUGCGGUAACGAAAACAUGGUCGGUUAUGCUGCUUGGAACGGAAUCAAAGAGUCUGUUCUCCAGAAAAGCUGUCCUGUCAAUGUCACUGAUGGCGACAAUCCUCCUUUUGAUUUCGGAAUCUACUUGAGAGCACUGUCCUCUGGCAUUGUCUCGUCUGAGAGCUUUGUAGCUAAAUACUUCUUCUGUCUGUGGUGGGGACUUCAGAAUCUCAGCACUCUCGGUCAAGGGCUUCAGACAAGCACGUACCCUGGAGAGAUCAUAUUCUCCAUAGCACUUGCUGUUGCUGGGCUUCUUCUCUUUGCUCUCCUCAUUGGUAACAUGCAGACUUAUCUCCAGUCUCUUACGAUCCGUCUCGAGGAGAUGAGGGUGAAGAAGCGUGACUCGGAGCAGUGGAUGCAUCACCGGAUGCUUCCACCUGACCUGAGAGAACGGGUCAGACGUUAUGACCAGUACAAGUGGUUGGAGACGCGCGGUGUUGAUGAAGAGAAUCUGGUUCAGAACCUCCCAAAGGAUCUGAGAAGAGACAUCAAACGUCAUCUCUGUCUAGCUUUGGUCCGGAGGGUUCCUCUGUUUGAGAAUAUGGAAGAGAGGCUGCUCGAUGCAAUAUGCGAGAGGUUGAAGCCGUGUCUAUACACGGAGAACUCUUACCUGGUCAGGGAAGGUGACCCUGUCAACGAGAUGCUCUUCAUAAUCCGUGGCCGGCUAGAGAGCGUGACAACAGAUGGUGGGAGAAGCGGUUUCUUCAACCGUAGUUUGCUCAAAGAAGGAGACUUCUGCGGGGAAGAGCUUCUGACGUGGGCGCUUGAUCCCAAAUCCGGCUCCAACCUACCUUCCUCCACAAGAACCGCAAAGGCUUUAACCGAAGUGGAAGCGUUUGCUUUGAUAGCAGAUGAGCUCAAGUUCGUGGCGAGCCAGUUCAGGAGACUGCACAGCAGGCAGGUUCAGCAUACUUUUAGAUUCUACUCGCAGCAGUGGAGGACUUGGGCUGCUAUCUUCAUACAAGCUGCGUGGAGACGGUACGUGAAGAAGAAGAAACUUGAGCAGCUUAAGAAGGAAGAAGAAGAGGAGGAAGGAGAAGGAGAAGGGCAUGUUGCUAGCAUCAGAGCUACGUUCUUGGCGUCAAAGUUUGCAGCGAAUGCACUUCGUAAAGUUCACCAGAACCGUAUUGCAGCAAAGUCUACCAAAGAGCUUGUGAAGUUUCAGAAACCUUCUGAACCUGAUUUCUCUGCUGAUGAUCCUUGAAAAAAAACAAAGAUGCUGACUAUAUUUUACAUUAACUACAUAUAAAGUUGCUUUUGACUCAGAUUGAAGUUUAUUCAUUUUUUUACUUAUCGUUCGAUUUGUAUUCAUUCCAGCACUAAGAAAAGAAGUGGUAACUUAAAUUGAUUAUUUUUGA